AGUAGAUCACUCUGGCUUGCUCCCCAGUCGCAGAUGUGUAUAAUGUGGGCACUUCUACAGGCACGAUGGCUAUGACAAACUUGGAACGUCUCUUGGGAUCUGGGUGUGUGAUCUCCGUUGAAUUACGGCACAGGCGUCACUAAAUUUGCAAAAACUCUUCAGACUAAAGAAUACACGUCUCGUCUGGGGGCGUUAUCGCAUCAGCUUGCGCGCGGCUUUGUCUGUGCAUGGCUAAUGUUAUUGUCAGGCUAUCUAGCUGACUAGUCCAAGCAUCACAGUAGAACGCUAGAAAGACUAUUGUGUGGUUACAUCGGCGCUAAACUAGCUAGCUUGGCGCUUUAGUAGGAGCUGGUGUGUAUGUGAUGUUGUCCGUACUUUCGUACGGUAGACUUGUUGCCAGAGCUGUUAUUGGCGGACUCUCUCAAACGGAUAGCGGUGACUACAGCCUGGUAACGGCAAGAUGCGGGUUUGGGAAGGAUUUUCGAAAAGGUAUCUUAAAGAAAGGGAUGUGCUAUGGUGACGACGCUUGCUUUAUUGCCCGACAUAGAUCUGCCGAUGUUUUGGGCGUUGCAGAUGGAGUGGGGGGUUGGAGAGACUACGGAGUGGACCCAUCCCAGUUUUCAGGGACCCUGAUGAAGACGUGUGAGCGGCUGGUAAAGGAGGGACGCUUUGUUCCAGGCAACCCUGUGGGCGUCCUCACAAGCAGCUACUACGAGCUUCUACAGAACAAAGUGCCUCUGCUAGGCAGCAGCACGGCCUGUAUCGUGGUGCUGGACCGGCAGAGUCACAGGCUGCACACAGCCAACCUGGGAGACUCUGGCUUCCUGGUGGUGCGGGGAGGAGAGGUAGUGCACCGCUCCGAUGAACAGCAGCAUUACUUCAACACCCCCUUCCAGCUCUCUAUCGCCCCGCCUGAGGCAGAGGGGGCUGUCCUCAGUGACAGUCCUGAUGCUGCAGACAGCUCCUCCUUUGACGUCCAGUUGGGGGACAUCAUUCUCACAGCCACAGAUGGCCUCUUUGACAACAUGCCCGAACACAUGAUCCUACAGGAGUUGAAAAAAGUGAAGAACACUAACUAUGAGAGUAUCCAGCAGACAGCCAGGAGCAUUGCAGAGCAGGCCCAUGUUCUGGCAUACAACCCCAACUACAUGUCACCUUUUGCACAGUUUGCCUGUGACAAUGGACUGAAUGUAAGAGGAGGAAAGCCAGAUGACAUCACUGUGUUGCUGUCAAUAGUGGCAGAGUACCCAAACUAGAGAUUGUAUGGAGGCUAGUAUUGUCUGCCUCUUGAAGAUGUCAGACUGCUUUGGUUCCUGCUGGCGGGGAUUAAGGACUGAUGUUGGUGUCUGAGCUGCCCUCCUGAGACCAACAAACAGUAAAUCUUCAAGGUUCAAUAUCAUCACUCACCACUGUCCACACACUCAUCACUCUUGUCCACUUGGAGAGAGACUGAGGAGGCUCUGACCUGAGCAGGCAGGACUGUCGGGUGUCCUGCCCUCUAGCAACAUAUUGGUGAUCUAGUAGCAGAGGGCACUGGGUUUGGGGAUCCCUUAGUCUCUCUGGCACCAGCAGGGAUUGGUAGAGUGAGCUGCAUAAAUUUAGAAAACUCACAGGCAGGAGAAUCCUUAAGAUUUACCAUCAAGUCUGAAUAAUAAGGCCUCAAAAAAACAACUUUCAGUGACUCAGAUUAAACAAAUCAAAUUAAUAAUAAAUUAUAUUGAAGGGCAAACAUUUUUAUGUAGGCAUAAGGGCAUGUGUCUAUGUGAUGUGAAUGAAUGUUGUUGAAAUGUUUUGGUAUAUUUUUGGACAAGUGACAUUUUAAGUUGUUUGACUGAUCUAAUGGAUUGUAUGAAGACCAGGUGCCGUUGCUGCAUAUCAGUUUCUGACUGUUCACUGUCCCAGGCCUGCUGUUUUCAACUCUUUUUCUCUCACUCUCAACCUCAAUGCUCUGCUAUGAAAAGCCAACUGAUAUUUACUCACAAGGUGUUAUACUGUUGCACCCUCUAUAACCACUUUGGUUAUGACUCUGCUGGUCAUCUAUGACCGUUUAAACGUCUAACAACGAUCUGGCCUUAAUGGCCAUGUACUGUUAUAAUCGCCACCCGGCAGAGCC